AUGACACGCGCGCAACAAACCCUCUCCAUAGGCCUCCUGGUCGCUUCCGUACGCCCCCAACAAUCCAAAUCCCAAACCAGAUCCCAAUCCAGAUCCAAACCACAAAAAGCUAACGUUUAGACAACCAAAGCUCUACACAAUCCUCCUCCUCGGCCUCGUGCCCUUCCCGGCGAAAAUCCAACAGGAAGUCAUCCCCGUCGUGAGUCAUUCCCUUCCCUCCCUAUCUCCCUCCCAUACCCCCCUCCCUCCUUCCUCCCUUUCUUUCGCUUCCAAAUCAAUUACAGAAUCUCACUCGCUGACGCUUCCAAUUCUCUUGCCUUUUUAUAGCUCCCCCUCUGGGCCCUCGUCUCCUUCGGCUCCUUCCUCCUCUUCAAGCUCGGCUACGGCGUGCUGACCUUCAACGAUGUCCCCGAGGCGCAUGAGGAAUUGCAAGCACAGAUUCAACAGGCGCGAGCGGAUCUGAAGAAGAGGGGUGUGGAAGUGGACUGA